GAUAGUAAACGUUCAAGAUAUUAUCGGCGAUGUCAAUUGUGGAUAAUUACGAGGUUGAUUUGCUAUCAUCAAUAUAUAAGUCUAUACAAUCUAAGCCUAUCACUAUUCCUGCCCACGCUAAGUUGAACUUAUGCGAUAGGGAGAAGAAACCGCACAUUGUAGACAUACCUAUGGCAGAUAUACCAACAGCGGAGCCAAGUACUAGCGGGAGUGUACCAUCUGAACUCAAAUUCACUGUAAAGAAUAUCAAAACUGCUCAGAAAGUUGAUAUAUCAACACAAUCAACGUCCUCUAUUAAGGAUAUCAAACAGGCUGUUGUAGAUGCUCAUUUAGCUGACUCUAUUGAUGCACAGAGGCUGCUUCUGAAGGGUAAAGCGCUCUUGAAUGACAAACUCGUCAAGGAUUAUGAAGGUCUCACUUCUGGAGCUACGCUUACACUCAUGUUGCGCGCCCCUUCUGCACCUCCAACAGAGCCUGCUUCUCGUCAAGCCAGCAAUCUGCCGGAAGUUUCUCUCACUUCCGCUGACAAUGACAGCACACGCACUGCAGCUGAUCCGGCAAUCGACAGUCAGUCCGUCAAGAAGAGCGACUAUGAUAAGACACUGACUGAUCCUGCCUUCUGGAAGAAACUCAGCGGUUUCCUCAAUCAGGAGUUCAAGAAUGAUGAGUAUGGUAGAAGAGCUCUUGAGACAUUUUUCUUGUCCGCUAAAACAUCGCUUAGCCCAUCUGAAAUUGCAUUCAUACGCGAGCAAGCGGGGUUUGAAGCAAUGGGUAAGCAAGAAUAAAAGGAAUAACUAGCAAUGCAUGUAUUUCGC